AGUAAGGGCCCCACUACUUGUCAUCCCCCCCACAUCACAAGCUCCUUGAUCCGAUCCCCACCGUCCGUUCCCCCAAGAUCAUCAUCAACGCUCUCGAUCACGACCCACCAUAUUUUUAAGACGAUGGGGGUGCGUGCGGAAUGGUGCAAUCGGAUGGAGCAGGAACAAUAUUUACUGCAGUUCUCUCUCUUUCUCUCUCUCUAGGGCUUCAUGUCGUGAAUUUUUUCUUUUUGGGCUUUGUUCGAUCCCUCUGCUUUUUUCCUCGUUCUGUUCCAUUGUGUUUCUUCUUCCUUGAAUCCUCUGCCAUCUUCCACAGAACUCGCCUUGAGUUGUCCGUCUCUCUCGGCUUCUUGCGACGUCACAAGACAUAAAGGCUCCAACGGAAAACACCACCUUUCGCGUUCUCGCGUCUUUGUUGGGGCGAAAUGGCGUCGUUUCAGCAGCAGGAGGCGGACCCGGACGACAACGGGGGCGCGUCGGAUCUCAGCACCAGCGCCGGCGACCCCGAGGACUGCCCCAGCGCCUCGCCACCCCGCGACCUGGCGACCCCGUUCCAGGCCGUCCCGCUCAAAGAUGAGCCCGUGGAGUCCGACCCGGAACAAGCUGCCCCGCCCGCUCGGGCCGGCCCGCGCGGGUUGGUCCCGGGGGCUGUCCAGGUUCAGCCAAUGCCCAUGCCCUUGUCCAGCGCUGUAGCCGCCAGGCGCUCCUCCUCCACCAAGGACCGCCACACCAAGGUGGAGGGCCGCGGCCGGAGGAUCCGGAUACCCGCCACCUGCGCCGCCAGGAUCUUCCAGCUGACCCGGGAGCUCGGCCACAAGUCCGACGGCGAGACCGUGCGGUGGCUCCUCGAGCACGCCGAGCACGCCAUCAUCGAAGCCACGGGGACCGGGACUGUCCCUGCCAUAGCGGUGUCCGUCGGCGGGGCCCUCAAAAUCCCCUCCACUCCGAGCAACAACAACAACAGCAAUACAACCGCUGCCCCCAAGCGUAAACGUCCGUCGAACAGUGAGUUCUGCGACGCCGGCGAUGCCGUGAUCACGCAGUCGUCGGGCCUCGCCGCUGCGGCACCACCCCCCCAGGGGCUGGUGCCGGUGUGGACGGUUGGGAACGCUGGCUUGGUGGUCCCCACGAGCGCCUUCUGGAUGAUCCCGCAACCCCAGGCUGCCGGGGCCGCGGCGGCUCCGGUGGCGGCGGUGGCCGCCGGGCCUUCGGUGGCUCAGCAGGCGCAGAUAUGGGCGCUUUCGCCGGCGGUGACCCCGGUGUUCAACGUGGCGGCCGCGACGGCACGGCCGGUGUCGUCACUGGUGGCGGCGGUGGCGGCAGGAGGGAAUAUUCCUUCGGGGAUCGAGAUAAGGGGGCCAUCGCCGGUAAUAUGCGGUGGAUUGACGAACUCCGCAGCGAGCACCAGCAUGGUUGGGGCUAAGGCGGCGAAGAAGUCGACGAUGGCGCCGAGCGUGAGUUCCGGGGGAGGCGGCGGCGGCGGCGGAGGGAAGGCUCAGAUGUUGAGGGACUUUUCGUUGGAGAUAUACGAUAAGCAGGAGUUGCAGUUCAUGGGCUCUGGGAAUACUGCACAUCCUCGCUCGCGACCACAAGCCUCCUCCAAGCCUUGAGGAAAGAGUUCUAAUCGUGACUGACAAAACAAAAUAAGAGAGCAGCCGAAUUAG